AUGAUGCAAGCCCUCGAUACCCAAGUGAACCCUAUGUCCGGAGAGGAAGUGGACGGUGGGGUGGCGGGUGCUGGGGUCAACCAGAGGCCUACCACGCUGCAAUGGGGCGGCCCGAACGGCGUGUCGACCAACAUGGGUUCGCCUGGGCCUCUAGGCAGCCUCACACCCUCCCCGGCAACGAGGAGCAAAAUCGAGCAGAUUAAACAAUGGAGUUUAUCCACAUACAAGUGCACGCGGCAGAUACUAGCGGAGAAAAUGGGCAAGGGUAUUCGGACGGUGGACGGAGAGCUAGAAGCCAACAUAGAGUUGCUCCGCGAAACUCAUCAGAAGUAUCUGAAUAUUCUCCGACUCGCCAAACUUCUUACAAGUCAUUUUUACAACACCGUGGCGACGCAGGCCGCUCUGGGCGAGUGUUUCUCCGACUUGGCCCAGAAGAGUCCGGAACUGCAGCAAGAAUUUCUCUACAACGCUGAGACACAGAAGAAUCUCUCCAAGAACGGAGAGACGCUGCUCGGCGCGUUGAACUUCUUCGUUUCCUCCCUUUCGACUCUUUGUAACAAAACCAUCGAAGAUACUCUGAUAACGAUUCGACAUUAUGAGAACGCUCGGCUCGAGUUCGACGCUUACCGAUGCGAUCUCGAGGAGCUGUCCGCCCACGGGGGUCCAGCUCAGGCCACGAAGGUUGUGGAGGCAAAAGCGAGUUUCGAGGCGCAGAGAGACAAAUAUGAACGCCUCCGUGGAGAUGUUCAGAUCAAGAUGAAAUUCCUCCAUGAAAAUAAGGUUAAGGUGAUGCACAAGCAGUUGCUCCUUCUACACAAUGCCGUGUCUGCUUAUUUUAGCGGCAAUCAGUCAUCUUUAGAGGCCACCUUGAAACAAUUCAAUAUCAAGGUCAAGACACCAAAUUCGUCCUCUCCAAGUUGGCUUGAGCAAUAGAUAAGCCCCCUCACACAUAAGGAUGCAUUCGCAAACGAUCACUUUGUAAGACGACGGCCAGCGAUAUAGGCUUCUCGUUAUUCUAGUCUCAGUGCUGUCAAGAGUCGUCGGUCCUUCGCGGACCGCAUCGAAGCAUGUCUUCUCUGAGCUUACUCAUCCGGCGAUUAAGACCGCAGCUGAUCAGUUGUCCUCUGACUCGGCUAGUAUUACGCCUUGUGUUUCCAGCUCCUUCUCGGAGGAACGCCUAAUUUACAGUCUCCCGUGGAAAUAUUUCCGGCUCGUUCAAGGCUUAAGGUUCAGUUUGUAUGCUCUGAUCGCACGGGAGCUCCUUGGCUCAGAGAGGCAUUAUUCUUUCCAUUAGAAAUUAUUGUGGUAUCUUGAUUUGAGAAAUGUUUUUAAUUUAUUGAAAGACCCGUCAGAGCUGAGCGUUGAGGCUUCGAAUAUGCACUACGGGAAUAUAGAGGGAGUCAAAGAUUUAUAUAAGCUGAAACCCGGUGAAGACGAAGUUGUGAUUUAUGAGUGGACUGUUAAGCGCCGACAGAUUCUACUUCGGUAAAUGUUGUCUCGCGACAACUGUUUCCUUGGAUCAGAUGAGGCAAUCCUAAGUCAGCAAGACGCUCUUUAAGUUGCACUUUCGGCAGAUCUCGCCAUCCAAAGAUAUCGAUGAUGUCUCAACCCGUUCGCUUACAUUUCGAAUCUGUUGGACCACUCGGUGAGCAGGAAUCGCUGCGAGGGAACAUUUUGGUCGAUGAUCACAUCCGGCAAAACCGGCGACGCUCCGGAUACGAGAAUUAUAUAACGAAAAA